UAUGGACCACAGCCAAGAGAUUGAGGUUCAGGCAGAGAAUUUCCGAGAGCCACGGGCUGGUGCAAGUCCUCAUGGGAACAUGUGAGAUAACCAAGUAGCAAAAGGCACCCGCAGAGUCCGGGUGAGAGCAGUGCAGCCAAGGACAGAGCAGCAUGGCAGGGCUCCGUGUCCGCUCCCUUCUGGUGACUGGGGCCAACAGGGGCAUCGGCCUGGGGCUCGUCCAGCACUUCCUGAAGAUGCCAAACCCACCCCAGUGGGUCUUUGCAGGCUGUCGGGACCCCAAGGGACAGCGAGCAAAGGAGUUACAGAAUUUGGCCUCCAAGCACCCCAACCUGGUCAUAGUCCCGCUCGAAGUUGCCAGCCCUGUCAGCAUCAAGGUGGCUGCAACCACAGUCAGGGAGCACGUGGGGGGCUCUGGGCUGAACCUUCUCAUAAACAAUGCUGGAAUUGCCAAGAUAACCUUGCUUGAAAAUGAGACACCAGAGGACAUGACCGAGACUUACACCACCAACACAGUUGGGCCUCUGCUGAUGGGCCAGGCAUUCCUGCCCUUGCUGAAGAAGGCUGCCCAGGGGAGCCCGGGCUCAGGGCUGAGCUGCAGCAAGGCAGCCAUUGUCAACAUGUCCAGCAUUGGCGGCUCCAUCACUAAUCCCUAUGCUUGGGAGAUGAUCCAAGCUAGCUCAUACCGCUGCAGCAAGGCUGCUCUGAACAUGCUGACCAAGUGCCAGUCCCUGGCAUACAAGGAGCACGGAAUCUUCUGUGUUGCUCUCCACCCUGGCUGGGUGCAAACUGACAUGGGCAGCUCUGCUGGACACACGCCCCCCGUGACAGUGGACGACAGCGUGACAGGGAUGCUGAAGGUGCUCUCCUCCCUCUCCGAGAAGGACACCGGCACCUUCCUGGACUGGGAAGGGAAGGUCGUGCCCUGGUGAGACACCAGUUCAGGAUCCUGGCAGCGGGACCCUUUGCUGCUGCUCCCAUCUGCCCCACAUCCUCAAUAAACCCCUCUCAAGAGCCCUCA